UUCGUUUACUGGUUCCUCUUCAAUUUUCAUAUUUCAAUCGCUUCUAAAUCUUCAAUCAUCCUCAAAUCUCGGUCCUUGAUUAGCUGUGAUUUGGAUUCCAAAAUCCCUAAUUCAUUCCCUUCAGUUGUAACAUCAGUCGAUAAAUCAGCAAUUACCUCACCCAUUUCUCUUCAAUUGAUAAUUCUCACCCUAUAUCUCUGUAUAUUACUCCAAUUGAACCCCUAGACAACCCAUUCUCAUAUGUAGUAGUCGCUUUCUUCUUCAAACUCACCCUACAAUUCUCUAUUUUCAAAGAAACACAUUAAGCUCCAACAAUAUUCUUGUCAAAUGGAUUCCCUUCACCGCUGUGUUCAUAGCCCUUUGCUAUGGUCACUAAUCGGUCCAUCUGCUCUCCAUUAACUAUCAUUCUGCUUCAAAUCGACGGGUGUUGUUUGCUAUUGCUUGGUAUUUUGUUUCAACCGAAAGAGGGAAAGGGAUGGUAUUCUUGCAGUUGGUAGGGGAAACAAGGUGGUUGCCCAGUAUUCGAUGAAGAUGGAAUCGAAAAACUGACGAUUGCUACAAAACUGAACACAUUAUCAGCUGACCGUGUAUUUGAUGGAGAAAUUGCAGUGAUUGGAAUGCCAACUUCAUCACCUACAAUGACUCAUGGUGACAUUGCAAAGUAGAGGAAGAAAGAGGAUAAGAUAGAAGUGAUUGAUGGACAAAGCCACCAUUGAAUAUAAAAGUUUUGAAGAAAGGAACCUUUGAAUCUAUAAGUCAACCAUCGAGGUACACGCUAUUAAUGCAUCGUCCUUCGAUGGAGAUACAAGUAAUUACAGCCUCCUCCGACGCUUAAAAUAGGCGCGCAUUCAGAAAACAAAAAUAAUAUCAAAGUUACUUUUACGGUUGGGGUUUUCUUUCAGAGAAGUGACCAUUUGAGUGGAAAUGGAAGAUGACACGGGAGAGCGAUCAAGCUUCGUGAUUGGGCUCAUAGAGAAUCGAGCUAAGGAGGUUGGAGUGGCUGCUUUUGACUUGAGGUCGGCUUCACUUCACCUUUCUGAAUACAUUGAAACUAGCAGCUCAUAUCAAAACACGAAGACACUGCUGCAUUUCUAUGAUCCAAUGGCAAUUAUUGUCCCCCCUAACAAGCUAGCACCUGAUGGCAUGGUUGGGGUAUCAGAAUUAGUUGAUAAAUUCUAUUCCUCAAUUCGAAAGGUCACUAUGGUUCGUGGUUGCUUUGAUGAUACAAAGGGAGCUGUGCUGGUAAAAAGUUUAGCUGCUAAAGAACCUUCUGCACUUGGUCUGGAUACUUAUUACAAGCAAUAUUAUCUCUGCCUGGCUGCUGCUGCAGCAACUAUCAAGUGGAUUGAAGCAGAGAAAGGAAUCAUCAUUACAAAUCAUUCAUUGUUAGUGACUUUCAACGGAUCAUUUGACCAUAUGAAUAUUGAUGCAACGAGUGUACAUAACCUGGAGAUUAUAGAGCCACUGCAUUCUACACUUCUGGGCACAAGCAACAAAAAGAGAAGUUUAUUCCAGACUCUCAAGUCGACAAGGACUGCUGGAGGGACUAGACUUCUUCGUGCCAAUCUGUUGCAACCUUUGAAAGAUAUAGAAACCAUCAAAGCUCGACUUGAUUGCCUGGAUGAAUUAAUGACCAAUGAACAGCUGUUUUUUGGGCUGUCACAGGCUCUUCAAAAGUUUCCAAAAGAAACUGACAGGGUCCUCUGUAACUUCUGCUUCAAGAGGAAGAAAGUCACUAAUGCGGUCUUGGGGGGGAUUGACAAUGCUAGAAAGAGCCAGGUUGUAAUAGGAAACAUUAUUAUUCUGAAAACGGCUCUGGAUGCCUUGCCAUUUCUCUCCAAGGUACUGAAAGAUGCAAACAGCUAUCUUCUUGCAAAUAUAUACAGAUCUGUUUGCGCAAACGAGAAAUAUGCUUGUAUGAGGAAAAGGAUCGGGGAGGUGAUCGAUGAGGAUGUAGUUGAUGCAAGAGUUCCUUUUGUUGCGCGGACACAGCAGUGUUUUGCUGUGAAGGCCGGGAUCGAUGGAUUUCUUGAUCUUGCACGAAGAUCCUUCUGUGACACCAGCCAAGCUAUACACAACCUUGCAAAUAAGUAUCGUGAAGAUUAUAAGCUUCCAAAUUUGAAAAUCCCAUUCAACAAUAGGCAUGGCUUUUACUUCAAUAUUCCUCUCAAGGACAUACAGACACAGGGAAAGCUUCCCAACAAGUUCAUUCAGGUUGCCAAGCAUGGGAACAGUAUACAUUGCUCAACUCUGGAUCUUGCUUCUUUAAAUGCAAGAAACAAGUCUGCAGCAAAAGACUGUUAUCUGCGUACAGAAGUUUGCUUGGAAGCACUAAUGGAUGCAAUUCGGGAGGAUGUGUCGGUGCUGACCUUGCUUGCUGAGAUCCUAUGCCUAUUGGAUAUGAUUGUUAAUUCAUUUGCUCACAUGAUUUCAACCAAGCCUGUAGAUCGAUACACCAGGCCUCAUUUCACUGAAAACGGACCGCUGGCAAUUGAUGCUGGAAGGCACCCUAUACUAGAAAGCGUGCACACUGAUUUUGUUCCCAACAACAUCUUUCUUUCAGAGGCUUCAAACAUGGUGAUUGUCAUGGGGCCCAACAUGAGUGGAAAAAGUACAUACCUUCAGCAAAUAUGUCUGAUUGUGAUCCUUGCUCAAAUUGGUUGUUACAUUCCUGCCCGGUUUGCAACCCUAAGAGUGGUGGAUCGUGUUUUUACAAGGAUGGGCACACUCCAUAAUCUUGAAUCAAAUUCCAGUACGUUCAUGACAGAGAUGAAAGAGACAGCUUUUAUCUUGCAGAAUAUCUCUGAAAGGAGUCUUGUUGUGAUGGAUGAGCUUGGGAGGGCUACAUCUUCCUCUGAUGGUUUUGCAAUUGCAUGGAGCUGCUGUGAACAACUCUUAUCACUCAAACCUUACACAAUAUUUGCCACACACAUGGAAAAGCUAGCAGAAGUAGCCAGCAUAUAUCCGAAUGUCAAGAUUCUUCACUUCAAUGUUGAAGUAAAAAACAAUCGCUUGGAUUUCAAGUUUGAGCUGAAAGAUGGGUGGCGCCACGUACCACAUUAUGGACUUCUAUUAGCAGGAGUGGCAGGGCUACCAACUUCAGUUAUCGAGACUGCCAAAAAUAUCACUUCAAGGAUUACAGAAAAGGAAGGGAAGAGAAAGGAGUUGAACUAUGAGGCAUAUGAAGGUAUUCAGAUGGCAUAUACAGUGGCUCAGCGUCUGAUAUGCUUGAAAUAUUCCACCCAAGAUGAGGAUUCCAUCCGACAAGCACUUGAACAUCUUAAAACCACCAAUUUACAGAAUUUUAGAUAGAUCUCUAUUAUCUUGUUGGUUUAAUUUGGAUAUAUGUAUCAAAUUCAAGACCAUCUCUACCCCUUUGAUUUGUUAUACAUAUUACAUAACAUAAAGAAUCUUACAAAUACAGUACCAUGCAUGUAUAUGUACUUUUCAUCUGUAAAAGCUCAUAAUCAUGAUGCCCAUUCACUUUCUUUCUCCUUCAUCCAAUCAAUGUAAAAUCUUUUCUAGCAUCAAGUGAUAUUCUAAUUUAUGGAAUCAACAUCAAAGCAUGUAUUAUUUAUGGCUAUAAUAACAUCUUUCAGAUCAGCAAGAAACCAAAUUUAACUUCAAUUCUCUUUUCCACUAUCAUUAACAUUUCAACUCCCUCACACUGUGUAUUUGUUUUGUUGCAUAUAUCAGAAUUCAGAAGUCUGUAUAUAGCAAAAAUGAACCGAGCACAAGAUAAGCAAGAAAGGAAAAGACGAGUAUCUGCAUCAACAACUUUGGAUUGUCCCUCAACCUCAUAUUGGGUGGGUUGUUAACCUAGCAAUGCUUUGAGAAAGGCGAGGGAAGGGCAUACUCUGGAUAAACACAAUUCCUGGUCCUCUCAUCAUUGCUGUCACCAUAUUCUGAUUCUCCCCCUGGCAUACACCACCCUUCUCAUUGGACCAUUAUAUUUGAUUUGUACAUCCACUGUUGUUGACAGGGCAAUAAUGCUACAAAUGUCCACUGAAAGUAUCUCACCAACCUCAAGAUUUUUCUGCACAAAACCACCCCCAACCAUGAAUGCCAGGCCUUGCCCAGAUACUUUUUGUCUCAACAAUCUCUGUAAACAGCAUUACGAUUAGGUCCCCUCUGAUCAAAUGUGUUGCUACUGACUUUUACAUCACCAAUGGAGCAAAGAAAUGCAUCUGGCUGGCAUAAUAUCUCACCACCGAAUCUUGCCAGGUCAAUCUACAGAGGAUUCUUCCUAAAUAAGGUGCAGCCAUGGCAACAAAUCCAUCGGUUGACCCACUGUUUACAAAGAUUGUUUUAGUUGCAUUCUUUCCAAAAACCCAUUGCCACAUUCCUGCUUCAUUCUCUGGGGCAUAAACAUUUUCCAUUUGAAUGGAGCCAGACAUAUAGCACAUGCAGCCUGGUUUUGCACUGACCUUGUCUUCUGGCUUCAACAUAAUCUGAACUAUCUGAGCUUCCCCACCCAAAAUCUGAAAAGGCGUAACAGCAUCGUCUGGACUCUGAUAAACGAAGGGUUGGAAAGGCGUUGAAAAGAACGGAGCCGCCAUGAACAGUCAGGCACCAAAAUUCAAACACGGAUCAAACAAUAAGCGCUGAAAUAAUAAUAAUAAUAAUAAUAAACAUAAAAGAUCCAGUCGAACGAUUGAGUUCAGGUUUAAAUUCC